GUACAGCAGUCUCUAUUCGUUCGCCUGCCUAAUAAGGAAAUAAACAAACAAUUAGGAAUAUUGAUUAACUGUAAAAAAUAUAAAAAAAACGUUUUAAACAAGUAAACUGCAUAGCGGAAGCUCGCUUGAUAUCUUUCCACAAUUACAAUAAGAGCGUUAUCUUUAGAUAGAUUACUGGAUGUGUAGUAUUGGUUUGGCGUUGCGGUAUGGCUGUUUGCAAUCGGCGGGGUAAAAAAAUAAUGGUAUGACGGAUGCCAUGGCGUGUACCGUAUACUCUCUGACGCAACAAUCGGUCUCGCUUAAGCCAUGCGUGCUGCGUACGUUUGCUGUGACUCGCUGGCCGCUUUUCGUUCAUUCCGUUUUUAACACGCGAGCGGGUCGCACGCUCGCAUUUCGCUAAAAUUAAAACACGUGGCUGAUGCUUGGAACCAAAACGUAACCUAAAAGUUGAACCGUCACCCGCUCUAUUAUAAAACAGAUAAAUAACCUAACCUAAGGUUUACCGGAAAGUCUAUCGAUCAGCGUUGCAAAAUGGUGAACGAACCAAAUGGCGCCAUUCCAGCGCCACAGGAGUUGGAAACAUUUAUAUCUCCGGAUGAAAAGAACAAAGAAAAGAUUGUUAGCAAAUAUAACAUGACGAAAGAUGCGGAGUCAGGAGACUUUGAUCCGUUCACCGAAAGGAAGUUGGACACUCCUACUUCGAAUAUGGACACUCUAACACACUUAUUGAAGGCUUCCCUGGGUACUGGAAUCUUAGCCAUGCCCAAAGCCUUCAAGGCAGCCGGAUUGAUCAAUGGAAUACUCUUCACGGUUAUCGUGGCCGUCGUCUGCACUCACUGCUCGUAUAUACUUGUUAAAUGUGCCCACGUUUUGUACAAGAAGACGAAAAAAACUCAGAUGUCCUUUGCGGAAGUGGGCGAGGCGGCUUUGGAUAACGGUCCACAGCCGUUAAGAAAAUGGGCGAAUGCUUUCAGGAUAUUCAUCGUCAUUAGUCUCUUUAUAACGUACUUUGGGACGUGCUCCGUCUAUACGGUCAUAAUAGCACGAAACAUUUUACAGAUAAUUCAGUUCUACUGCGGCGAUAUUAUCAAUGAACGUUUUCUCAUUAUAAUAUUACUGGUCCCACUUAUUCUCAUGGCCUGGAUUCGAAAUCUCAAGUACUUAGCUCCUGUGUCAAUGAUCGCGAAUUUAUUCAUGGCUGUGGGUCUAGGGAUCACCCUUUACUACUUAGUAGGUACUGGACAACUGCAAUACGAUAAGAUCAAGGACAUGCUCUUCAAACAUCCCAGCGAAUGGCCCGAAUUCUUUUCGCUCACAAUUUUCGCAAUGGAAGCCAUCGGAGUUGUGAUGCCUCUCGAAAACUCAAUGAAGACCCCUCGUGCGAUGCUCGGUAUCUGCGGUGUAUUGAACAAAGGCAUGUCCGGUGUUACACUAGUCUACAUUCUUCUUGGCUUCCUCGGCUACCUGCGGUUCGGAGAAGAAGUCCAAGAUUCCAUCACUCUUAGUUUAGGGGACGCGAUCCCUGCUCAAAUAGUAAAACUGUCUAUAGCCAUUGCAGUAUACUGCACUUUUGGCCUGCAGUUCUUCGUGUGCAUUGAUAUUAUGUGGAACGGUAUUAAGGAUAAAUUCACGAAACGACCGGAGCUCGCCGAUUACAUCAUGAGAACGAUUAUGGUCACGGUGUGCGUGUCGAUUGCCGCGGCCGUUCCCCAGAUUAGUCCUUUGAUGGGAGUCAUUGGCGCAUUCUGUUUCUCCAUCCUCGGUCUUAUCGCACCAGCAAUGAUUGAAGUCAUUACGUAUUGGGAACCGGGAGUCGGCCCAGGAAAGUAUUUGAUCUGGAAAAACAUUCUAGUGGUUAUUUUUGGUACAUUCUCCUUAGUUUUUGGUACUAAAGACGCCAUACUUGCAAUUUUAAAAGACUUCUAAAAUUAUAAAUAGCCCUAAACCAAAUUAAGGAAUAAUCUUCAAAGAUUAUUGUGAUAGGAAAAGCGUGGCUUACAGUGUAACUAUUAGUUAAUAAAACACUAUGUUUAUUCAAUAAAUUAGAUGUGGUCUUUCCACGUAAAACGGCACCAAUAUUUUAAAUCUAGGAUCUAGCAUAAAAAUAUUUUGUCCGGAUAAAAUAAAAUGAGAUCACUGCGUCCUCGCCCUAACGACUUCUUCAUCCGUCCGUAGAAGUAUGAAAACUUACCUUUUAUCCAACUCAAAUUCCCACCAAUUUCGAUCCUGACUCCUGAUCUGGCCCAUUCCCUAGAGAGUUCAAGUUAGACAGGCGGGAUGCGUUAUGAAAUUGUAGCCGAAACAAACGAUUGAUUUGUUCCAAUCCCACCUAUCAGGAAUGUGGGCAAGAAGAAAAAUUCAGAUUUACAUUGACCAAGUGCUUAAAGGUUUACUUAUGAACCAAUUUUGUUAGUUCAUGAAUUAUAUUUAGCUUGUGCCACUGAGGUGUAACAACGAUGGGACCAGAUUCUGCGAAAAUUUGGUCUGUUAAGUUAAAUUUUUACGAUUUGUUCCUGUAAACAACUAAAGUUUAUAGGAGUCUUAUAAGAGAACGCAAAAUAAAUAAUGAAAUUCAAUUACAUUCCCGUACCAGGAAUUGAGAGUGAAUGUUUUGAUUGAAGAUUUAGAUGUUUAAGGCUUCGCGUUUACUUCACAUAUUGGUUCGCAUUCGUUGGUUUAUCUGUGAAAAGAUUUUCUUUGUAGCCAAUAGGAUUACUUAAUUGUAUUAGAAAAAAGUAUUAAAAUAUCGAAAUGUCAAAAGUUUCACCAAUACAAUCGCGUCAAUAAUGUUAAUUUUUUUUGCACUGCCUAAAUUAGCGAAACUCCACACUAAAUUAUUAACAUUACUUCACAUGAAACGAUGUAUGAAUAAGUAAUCAAAGUUGCAUUUAAAUAUUUUAUGUUUUGAAAAUUUAUUUAUUAAAUAAAUUAAAAUUAUUCAAAUAUCUUGUAUUGUAUUCAAAUAUAAAUAGGUAUAUAAGUAUGCAGUACAUAUUAUUGUGUAAUGUUACAAAAUAAAAAGAAAACACUUGAAUGGUAACUUUGAACCACAGUCGAGGUGAAUAAUCACAAAAAUAUUGUACUGAAUCAAAUAUUACAAUAACUUAAUAAUAAUAAAAAUGAAAAUGCUCCUUCGACUAUGGUCAUCAUAUUUAUUGUGAUAAAAGACAUCGAAAGAUCAGAAGAAAUCCUUGUGAUAAAUACUAACGACCAAAGUUUUUAAAGUAGUGUUUAUCUAAGUCUUACAAUGCAAUUUGAAUACAAUUGCAAUAUACAGAGUGUAGCAAAAACCUUAUCCGACCGUGAAAUAUUUACUCAACAUCGAAAUGUUUACUGCGUUGUAGAACAACAACAAAAAAAGCUGGAGGAAAUAAAACUAAAAACUAUGAAUUUACGAGUGCAAUCAUAACGAGAACCUUUAGAACCAUGAUAAAAAUAUGCUUUUGAUGCCGUCCAAUUCAGUUCACUUAAUGAAAUGGUUCAUGUAAUGUAACAAUUCUUAAACUGGCCUAAGUGUCUAUAGGGGAGCUAAUUCUAGCUAUAAAAAUGCUUAGUCUCUAUUAAAACAUUAAUGGAAUUUAAGCUUCUUCUAAGAAACUUGUUUUUUAUUAGUGUUCUAUUUAGGAAAUUACGAAUUGAUGCUCUAAAUAUUGAUUUAGAGGGAACAAUAGAGAGAUAACGAUGUUUCUUGAUCGUUUCUAAGGGUCAAAAAUAUUAUAUAGUGUAAAAACACACUAUAUACCUAACUUGAUCAGUUAAUUUUGAAAUUCAACGUUUAAAAAGAGUUUUAUCAUUUCCUCUAAUAUUAGUUCAGUAUCUGCAACCAAACUAUGUAUAACGCAAUUCAAGCUAAUCUAUUUUAGUUUUUAAAGCACAACAAAACCGUGUUAAUUGCAUAGACCAGUGAUUCUCAACCACUGUUCCGCGGCACUUUUGUGUGCCGCCAAAUUUCAAAAGUGUACCGCCAAAUUUUGCGAAUAUAUAUAAUAAUGUUAAUAUUAUUAAAUUAUAUCAUUUUAAAAGAAAAAUACUUUAAAAUUCAAUAUAUAUUUAAAUCCACAAAAAAAAUAUAGUAUAUUUUAGUUUAUUUUGUAUAUUAAAAUAAAUAUAUUAAAAUUUUUUGAUAAACUAUUUAUGCAAUGUGUAGUAGGUAAAUAAUUUUUAUCAUUUUUUUUUGUGUGCCGCCAAAUUUUGAAAUCGUUAAAUAUGUGCCGCAACAAAAAAAAGGUUGAGAAUCACUGGCAUAGACCUAUAUAUAGGUUUUAUACUUCAGUGGUUAAGUGAAGCUUUCUGUAUCCCCUUUCUGUAUUCCCUUAGACAUACCUACUGAUAUCGUAAGUCAGUUUGAGGGUCUUGUAAUUGUUAAUGGAAGGAAUUUAACAAUGUCAUUGUGCUUUAACGGUACUAUGGAAGUGAAUUAUAGUUUUUGUUACACUCUGUCUUUCAAUGAAAUAUGUUUAAGAGAUUUUGGUACAACUCCUGUGUUAGAUAUCAACAGCCCUCAUAAUUUUCAAAUACGAAGUUGAGGAAGUUCCUAUUAAAUAAUUGUUUGUAUUACAUUAUAUAAUUAGUGUUAUUUUUUUUUUGUUUACCAUUCAUAAUAAUAAUUGGGCACACCGAACAUUUUAUGUAUUGAUAUAUUUAAUAUUAUUUAUAUGUGUGUAUGAAAUUUGUAUCAGAAAUUAUACAAUUUACAAGCUA